UUUUCAUGGGAAACUCUGCACGGCGCAUCCAGUGAGAUGGCAUCGGACAGCGAGGUAAAAACCCUAUUGAACUUCGUCAACCUGGCCUCCAGCGACAUCAAAGCGGCUCUGGAUAAAUCGGCUCCUUGUCGCCGGUCGGUUGACCACAGAAAAUACUUGCAGAAGCAGCUCAAGCGGUUUUCUCAGAAGUACUCACGGAUCCCACGGUGCCACCCCAGCAAACCCCCCGAGUGCGGCUGGCGCAGGGGGACAGAGGACCGGGGCCGUGGCCCCCAGCCCGAGGCACCUGACCCCAGCCCCCACAGUGGGGCUGCCGUCGAGAAGGUGCUGCGGACAGGCGAGGCCGAGGAGGGUGGCCCCGAGGGGCUCCCGGCCUCCAGAGACCCUCCUCCCUACGAGGGCAAGAAAAGCAAACGGAGCUCAGACACCGCCGGCCCAGAGAGCCCCCCUGAGUCUGCCCCGCACACUGGGGAGAAGGACCCUGCCGGGGUCCUCUCGGGCCGGAUGGGCACCUGGACCUGCUGUCCUUUCCCCUGUCCUGGGCCGGGGGUGUACCAGCCCCCGGGCGCGCUGCCCCCGUCACCCUUCCCGGGGCUGGGGCUGUGGAGGAAGAGUGCGGCCGCGCUGCCGGCUGAGGUGCCGCACUUCUGCAAGGAGGCUGACGGCACGGGGCAAAAACUCUACAGACCUGUGGUUUUGAAACCCAUCCCCACCAAGCCCGCUGUCCCCCCGCCGAUUUUCAAUGUUUUUGGCUAUCUUUAG